AUGGCCACAGAAGUGGAAAAGACGCAGCUGGAGCUCGAAGGCCUCUUUUUCUAUUUAGAGGUUCCCUGGCACAUCGUGGCCUCUCAUCACUGGCCCCUGACCGGGCUUCUGGCGCGGCUUGCGAAGGCCAUGCAGAUCGGAGAGGGCGGCGAAAGCAGGCAGAUGAACCUCUGCGAUCAGGCAGACGAGGUCAUGGACGAUGCGAUGUACAGAGCUGGCCUGGUGUGGUGGCGGGAGCAUCCUACUGAAGAUGCUGACACACCCUACCUGCCCCUCCAUGUCGCCCAAGAGUUCAUUACAUCUGAAGUGUUGAAGCCGAUGAUGCAACCGUACCGUUGCACCUUCGGAGCCGCGGCGGCAUUGCUGUCCAUCGUCGUUCUGGCUCUGAAAGCGAACUUGCUUGAAGGGCUACCUGAUGGACCGACCACGGGAAGAUCCCCACAAACCUUGCUGUCUGCCGAAGCAGAGGUCAUAGUGAAGCUCUGGGAGGAGAGGUCGCAUCAGUUUGUCUACGACAUGCUCACCAGCCACUGGCGCAUCCCGCAAAUACUUGAGCAGAUUUCAAGGUUGUGGCCGCAACCGCAGUCACCACCGAGUUGGCAUGCCUGGACACCCUUCUCGUCCACCCGCCGUAUCCUCUUCCUCGGAGGUGGUGAUACCACCUAUCAGUGGGGAUCCUUCACCGUUCGUGGCAGGCAAAUGGCCAGGGGACUCCGCAAGCAUAAUAUCGAUGCCAGAGCUUGGAACUGGCCUUGCAAGGAGUGGUGCAACAUCGAGCAUAGAUGGAGUCCUACAAGCAUCGUUCAUGUGAAAUUCAUGUGCUUGUGUGCAGUAAGUGCCUGGCCCCAUGCGGUCCACAUCUUCGACCCAGUGGAUACCUUUGAUGUGCUAGACAACGUAACAGAAAUGGAUGCCAUCCUAGUGCAGACAUCCUUGUGCAAGCGAGACUUGGAGUUUCAUCCAGCGCUGCGUCCCCUGCUCGCCUCUGGGCAGUUAGCAGUGCACUGGCUGCCACAUCACCACGCAAACAAGCACAACCUGCUAAUUGACGCAUCCGCAGAUGUCGCGCGGGUGGGUGUGCACACGAUACACUCGGACAUUGAGUUGCAGCAGCAAGUUGAGGAGUUCCUGGAAGAGUACUCUAGACAACCCGGGAUAUCGACCGUGCCCGAGUUUAUCCACAUGGAUCCUACGAAGUUGUUUCUACAUAACGACGGCAGGGUAACGACUCCGCAGCACACGGACGCCGUGUACCAACAGCUGACUACGCUGCAGAUCGGCUUCGCUAAACAGUCGGGCUGUCGUUCUGAAUGGUUUUUCUGCAGCAGGUGGAAGACUGGCCAGCGUCUCUUGAACAUGAUGAGUGUGGGGAUGCCUAGCAUCGUUUGGGGCGAUGCGCAGGGUUAUCUGGACGUGGUGGAAGGGCUCUGGCCUCCGGAUGUGGGUGGAGAUUCAGCGGAAAGAAAGGCAGAUGCCUAUCCACAGCAGCUUAUCGUUGGCUCGGAUGCAGAUGUCCCGGAUGCUCUCGGGGCGUUGUUUAAUAAUGCCUCCUUGAGAAUGGAGGCAUCGCAAAAGGGCUUGAGGCUGGCUGAGCGGUUUAGCUUGGACAGGAUUGUGGACCGCUUGGACGCAAUCCUGCUAGCCGCAGAGAUGCGCAAGUCUCAUCAGACAAGAGUGGCGGACUCCACCCCGGACUUGCGAGAUCUUGGUCGGAGCAGGGAGGAUGAGAUUCUUCUGUGGCUCAAGCGGCACCCAGAGGUGAGACAUUGGGUGGCGCUGGAUGAUUUGGAUUUGGCGCCGAUGAGCUCGCCGCACAGGCGGCUUAUGAUCCCCCACUUCGUGAAAACCGACCCGGAGCACGGCUUGAAGGAGCCGGGUGUGGCGAAAGCACUGCGCCUGCUUCGAAAUCCCCGCGGGUGUGUGGAGGAGUCACUUUCCAGAGCCCAUGCUCAACGCAUCGCUCGGGCGAAGCCGUUUCAGCUCUGUGCCUGA